AUGGUCAUCUGCAAAUACUUCCUGCAGGGAAACUGCAAAUUUGGUUCCAGUUGCCGGAACGAGCACCCCGGGGGAGGUGGUUUUGCAAGUCAGAACAGAUUUGGCGCUCUCUCAGGCAAUCGAUUUGCUGGUGGAAGCGGUGGCAGCCCCCGGAGGGAUGCCUGGCAGUUCAACCCGGACGAUAUCCCACACGAUCUUGGAGCCGGGAAAGGUCGACCAAAAUGGAUUCUCUCCGCAUACGGGCCAGGGAAAAACCCUCCGGCCUCGCUGUUGGUUGAGAAUGAAUUCAGCUCCGAAGAAGUGCGUGUGAGGUUCUAUGACCUUGCGAGCAAAGGCAAGGAAACUGAAGCCGACCAAGAAGCCAUCGCACUGUGGAACAAGGCAGAACAAGGCAUCAACCAGAUUCUCAGCAAUGCGCGUGAUGUCGAGAAAUUUGUGCUGGAGGCGGAGAAGAAGCGCCCCAACAGAGACGACUUUACGCAAAUGGAUGGAACGAAAUCCCGAGAUCAGUUUAUCAAAGAAAUUGAGUCGCAGUCUAGUAGUUCGAGUCCAUUUGGCGGAGGAACCAGCGGCGGCUUUGGCCAGGGCUCAGCAUCAAGUCCGUUCGCGAAACCCGCUGCAUCGUCGUUUGGACAGCCUACCCAACCCUCUGCCUUCGGGUCUUCUCCUUUCGGAAAACCAGCGUUUGGGCAGAGCGGCUUUGGCAGCGGAGGCUCAACAAGUAGUCCGUUCGGACAGCCUUCAACUGGUGGUGGGUUUGGGUCGUCAUCAAGCCCAUUUGCAAAACCGGCAUUUGGUAGCCCUGGGUUCGGACAGCCAGCUUUUGGCCAAGCCUCGCAACCGACGUCUACCUUCGGACAACCCUCCCAGCCAACAUCGACGUUUGGCCAACCUCCGCCAACAACUUCUGCAUUCGGCCAACCGUCUCAGCCAUCCUCCGCAUUUGGUCAGCCGGCAUUUGGUUCAUCGGGCUUUGGGUCGACUCCUCAGAAGAAUCCUUUUGCGCCAGCCUCGGCCUCAAGUGGCUUCGGUCAGGCUUCCUCUCCAUUUGGCCAACCCUCUCAGCCCGGCUCAACAUUCGGACAGCCUUCGCAGCCUACGUCCACCUUCGGACAACCAAGCCAGUCCCCCUCGACUUUUGGACAGGCCACUCAGCCUUCUUCGACAUUCGGUCAGCCAAGCCAGCCUUCUUCAGCGUUUGGGCAACCAUCACAGCCCGCGUCUGCCUUCGGCCAGCCUUCAGCGUUCGGCAAACCCGCAUUCGGUCAAGCAUCAUCGACAUUCGGACAGUCACCGCAGACUGUAUCCGGCUUUGGCCAAGCUUCUACAUCUACUACCUCACCAUUCGGACAAGCUGCAUCUCCUUCAGCCGGAUUUGGCCAGACCACUGCUCCCGCAUUCGGACAGACUAGUCUGGGGCCCGGUUCGAUAUCUGGAUUCGGCCAAACUACCUCAGUGAAUCCAUUUGCUCCUAAACCUGCCGAAGCCCAGACCAAAGAUGAGAACAUGGAAACGACCACUCCUGCACCUUCACGUCCAGAAUCUCGGGCAAACCCCUUCGCACCCUCCACCAUACCUCCACCUGCUGUCCCGUCCCAAGGUCCGUCAGUAGCGAAGCCCAUCAUAAAUACCUCGAAAAUUCCACAUCCGCUCACCAACCGACCUCCCCACGCCCUGCACUACACACAGACCCUCCCUCUCCAACCCACUCAAAAGGAUGUCUCCGGUCGCCUCACCUUCUACCGCGGCCAACGCGUUGAGUACAUCAACUCCACACCCUGCUAUCGACGCCCUGAUGGCCAAGGGAUGGAAAAAAUCUGGUUUCCUGAUGCGGGAGCCACGCCGGAUGUAGUGGCGUUGAACAAGGAGGAUAAGAUUGAGGAUUGUGAGGGAACAAAAGAGGAGUAUACAGAUGAAGUUAUGGGGCGCUAUAGGUAUCUAUUCGAAGAAGGGAAGUUUCGGGAUGGGAAGAUUCCGUUGGUGCCGCCCUUGAGGGAAUGGGGGAUUUACGACUUUUGA